AUGAAGAAGUAUGUAAUUAGUGAAAGAAGUAAAAAUGAUGAAGAUAAAAUAAUUAAUGAUGAUAAUGAAAUUAUUGAAGAAGAUAAUGUUGAAGAAAGAAUGUCAUCAAUUCAUUCACAUAAUUCUAUCACUAAAAUAUCUCAAAAUGAAAUAUAUAUUAAUGAAAUACAUGAAUAUGAUAAAAUAGAAACAAUUAUAUUCCCAUUUUCAUCAAAAAAUAAAUAUGGAUUAAUAGUAUAUGUUAAUAAAAUUAAUAUAAUAAGAAAAGAAUGUGUAGUACAUAUUAAAUAUGGAAAUGAUAAAUAUCCAUUGUUUAUGAGAUGA